AUGACACAGACCCUCACUUCUCGUUUGGCAGCUGAGUUCAGGGCGGAGGCCAAACCACUUCUGCUGAUACCUGCCACACUGAUUUCAAUGUCGCUGGCCGGGACGGCAUCACUCAGGGCCUUCCUGACUGGACGUCUCCUCGACAUUGCUCUAGACUGUGCAAAAACCGGUGGAGAUCCCGCGGCUGCGUUUCACGCCCUGGCGCCGAUUGCAGGCUACUACUUUGCAUGCGCUCUCUAUGGCUAUGUGGCGAACGUGGUGCAGGGUAUCCUCUUCGCCUUGGCCAGGUGGAAAAUGUCAAUGUCUAUGCGCCAGAAGCUUUUCAAGGCACUGAUCCGGCAGGAAGUUGGGUUCUUUGAGCAGAAUUCCAGCGGUGCCCUAGUUUCGAGGCUGACGAACGACACUGACCAGUUGCAGAAUGUUUUGAAUCGGGCACCAGAGAACCUGGUCACCAAUUUGAUGCGGUUGGUGAUCUCUUUGGUUCUCAUGGCGAAGCAGCACACCCUGCUGACUUUGGUAAGUGUGGCACCGCUGCCACUGGCUUUUCUCCUAGUCAAGAAAACAGGCCAAGUGGUCGGCCGAUAUAGUGUCCUGCAGAACGAUUCCCUGGCGCGCGUCAACGCUGUUGCAUCUGAGGCGAUUGCCAAUGUGAGAGCCGUGCAGAUCGCUGGGGCAGAGCAGACCGAGGUCAAGGAAUAUUGCAAAGCCACGAACAACUACCUGAAAGUCAUUCAGCAGACGCUCUUCAAGGAGACAGCGCUGCGGUUUGUCUCCACCCUCCUGAAUGACGCUCUAUCAGACGUGCCUUUGUUGUGCCUCUCCUGUUGGUUCAUUGCCUGUGGGCAGCUGACCAUGGGCCAAUUCUACACAUAUAGGACCUUGCUUUGGAGCUAUCGGCGUGGUUUCCGCGAAUUGGCGGAGCUCUUCACAGGUGUGUCACGUGCUCAGGCUGUGUCACGAAGAUAUUUCGAUCUCACAGAUCGACAACCUACUGUGUCCUCGAAGCCAGCUGCAAUGCGAUUGCCGCAAGAAUCCGUCACCGGAAGGCUGUCCCUCCAAGGAGUGUCCUUCCAGUACCCUGGCCAGGACAAAUGGGCCGUGCAGAACGUUACAUUCGACGUGAACCCAGGGGAGAUCGUGGCUUUGGUCGGGGCAAGCGGUGCAGGGAAAUCUUCCAUUCUCCGACUUUGCGCCCGUCUCGCUGAUCCCCAGGAGGGUUCCGUGCGUCUCGAUGGCCAUGAUUUGCGAGAUCUGGAUCUGCAGGACUUUCGCCGCUGUAUUGGAGUUGUGGAUCAGGAUCCAGCUCUGUUCGACCGCACAGUGUGGGAAAACGUAGGAUAUGGCUGCGACAUCGAAGACAGCAGCAAGCAGGAGCAGCUUGCCGAAGCUGUGAAUGCAGCGCAGGCCGCGAAGUUCGUGGAGGCCCUGCCAGCUGAACCUCUGGGGGAGCGAGGUUCUCGACUUUCCGGCGGCCAGCGACAAAGGCUCGCAAUCGCAAGAGCAAUUGCCAGAGGUGCGCCGGUGCUUCUCAUGGACGAGCCAACCUCAGCUUUGGAUGGCGAGACGGAGGAAGCGGUUGCUUCCACUUUGUCGCGCCUGGCUUCCAGAGGUCGUGCGGUCUUAGUUGCAGCACAUCGAUUGCGAACAGUUGCAAGAGCACAUCGUAUCGUGGUGCUGGAAGACGGACGUGUGGUGGAGGAGGGUCGUCGGGAGCAGUUACUGGAGCAGCCCAACUCCAGGUACCGAGCCACUGUCGAGCCUUCCAUGGAGGUUGAUUGA